AUUAACGCAGUACAGGAGUUAGUCUGGGUGCAUCAGUAACCGUAGCCUUUUAAUAGACGCCACUGCGCCUUUAAGUCCUUUACCUGUCCGUCUAUAAUCUACGCAGUUCGUGGUGGAGUCAGAGCAAGUCGACCGGAGGUGAAUUCCUCACUUCUUUACAAGUGUACAAGUGACGACUAAUCUGUCAUUGUUUCUUUCUGUUUUUAAAGAGCUGCUGGCACUCUGGAUAGGAACCCUUGCCAAUCAUUAGAUCUGCGAAGCAAGAGGGCGGAUACCGCAUGGGGGCUGUUUUAUACCAACCUGUGCGUGUACUUGCAGUCGGGCUUGUCACUGUUGUCUUACAUCUUUGCUGGUGUUUAUUCAGCACGCCUACAUGUUAAUAUUUACUAUUUUUGAUAUCCAGCGCUUCCCUGCUUCGUGCGAUCGCACUCAACACGAACGCCACUUUUAGUGCGUCUUUUUAAAUGUCAUCCACCAGCACUUAUCCGAUGACUUCGGGGGCGCUAGCUGACUGAAAGGCUGGACGAGCGCACGGAAGAUCAUGCAACGGCUAGCUGUAGGUGGAUAGCCGAGCACCCCGGAGCGAACGGCCGGUUGCACCCUUCGCGGGGACCGACGCGACGACGCUGGACUGAACCGGGAGCCGAAUGUUUUAACUGGAUCGCCGGCAGAGGAUGGCUUCCAAGGACCGGCUUUACGAACUGUGGAUGUUGUAUUACACCAAGAAGGAUGUGCGCUACCUGCAGCAGUGGCUGGAAGCCUUCGUGGCUUCCUUCGAGAAGCUCAUCGACAUCCACACGCUGGAGCCCCGACGGCCUGAAGACUCCUGCACCGACGUGCCCCUCUUACCCCCGGAUGUACUAAUCCUGCUCAGCACCCAGCUGUGGCACAGCGCCCUCCACCUGUCGGGGCAGGAACAAAACAUCACAGCCCCCCAGCCACUGCUGCUCAUCAAGUUUUUCAUCAUCAUCUGCAGGAACCUGGAAAACAUCGACACUAAAAAGACUCCUGGCUUCAUCUUUGAGACCAUAAAGCUUUUAUCGUUCUGUGUGGCCCAGCUGAAGAAGCAGCCCCAAGAGCAGGAGUCCCUGCGGACGGUGGCCCAGUAUGGCCUGCUGCUGUGUGAGAGCCUCUUUGAUCCCUAUCAGACCUGGAGACGGCGGCUGACGGGAGAGGAGGUGUCAGCACUGGAGAGGAGCAAGUACAAGUUCUCCCCUCUGCCGCUGCCUGAGGAGCUCCCCGCCCUUUUCCAUGAAUGUUUUCAGGACAGCGAGCAGCUCACGGAGACAAUGAUAACGAGGCUGAUUCACCUCCAGGGUGCCGUCAUCAGCGGCUGCAAGAAGAACGGCCUAGCCACCAUCACGCCCCAGGCCGUGACGGACCUCCUGGCGGUGCUGCGGGCCUGGUGCUGCCGGGCCUCCCCCCAGCCCAGGGACCCGCAGCUGGUCCGGCUGGCCCUGCAGAGCCUCACCGCCAUGGUGCACCUGCUGCACUCCAGCAGCCCGGCCGAGCGCCAGGUGGAGAUCCGUUCCGUGCUGGACGGCUUCUUCCAGCUCCUCAACUGGAACCGGCUCCCGGGGGCGGAGCAAGUGGAUGGGCGGGGCCUGGAGGACAGUCUCCUCAUGCUGCAGGCCCACAUGCUAAACACCGUGCCUGAGAUCCUGCAGUGCUCAGAUCGGCCUGCGCUACAGGCCAUUUUCCUCAACAACAACUGCUUCGAGCACAUCCUGCGACUCAUCCAGAACAGCAAGGUCUGGGAGAAAGGCUCCGAUGCCAUCACGGUCCACGCGCUUCGAGUCCUCACGGCCAUCAUGAGCAGCUCCACCUCCGCCAAGGAGGUAUUUAAGGAGAGGAUUGGAUACUCACAGCUGUUUGACGUGCUGAAGAGCCAGGGCCAGCCGACCAGGCGCCUUCUGGAGGAGCUCAUGAACAUGGCGGUCGAGGGCCACCACGCGCAGGCAGCCUGGCUGGGCAUCGCCAAUGAGCAGCCCCUCCUCCUGCUCCUGCAGUGGCUCCCCGACCUGGAGUCGCGGGACCUGCAGCUGCUGGUGUCUCAGUGGCUGGCGGGUGCCUGCGGCGGCUCGCUGGCGUGCCGCACCGUGGCCGUGGAGGCGGGGCUCCCUGGCACCCUGCUGGAGGUGCUGGCCCAACCGGAGCGGCUGGACCGGCACUGUGCCGACGCCCUACUGGGGCUGCUGCAGGACCUGGGCUCGCUGUCGCUGCGGCCGCAGGAGCUGAAAGGGCUGCUGAGGCUCCUGCGAUGCGAGCGGGGCCCGCACCCUUACUGCGGCCGCGCUGUGCGCGCUCUGUCAGCCAUGGCGGCGCGUGAGGGCGCGGGGGCGCUGCAGUACUUCGACCUCACACCACCCAUGGCGGGCAUCAUGGUGCCCGUCAUCCAGCGCUGGCCGGGCAGCGGCUUUGCCUUCCACGCCUGGCUCUUCCUCAGCUCGGACGGCCCGCUCCCUCAUGGGGAGUUCACAGCCACGUCGGCGCCCGGUACCCCCACCUCGCCCAGCAGCCCCGUGUAUCCCAGGCUGGGGAAGGGGCUGCGCAGAAAGCAGCUGUACAGCUUCUUCACUGCGAGUGGCACCGGGUUCGAGGCCUUCUUCACCACCGAGGGAGAGCUGGUGGUAGCUGUGUGCACCAAGAAGGAGUACAUGGCUGUCAGGAUGAAGGAGCUGCGUCUGAGGGAGUCUGCGUGGUCCGCUGUGCCCGACCCGAGCCGGACCGGACCGCUGUGGUCCGCUGUGCUCGACCCGAGCCGGACCGGACCGCCGUGUAUGACCGUGGCGUCUGCCUUCUCACUGUGCCCCCAGCCCUUCACUUCCUGCUGCAUUGGCUCAGCGGGCCACCGGACUGCCAUCACCACAGUCACGUCCCCUCCGCUGACCCCCCAGCCGCUCACCCCGACGGAGCUGUCCUUCCCCUCGUACCCGACACCCGUUCUCGUGCGCUCUUAUUCCAUCCCUGCGACCAGCAGCCGCCGGAGCUCUCCCACCUCCCCCGUAUCGCCUGAGCCCUCGGACCCCCCUGUGCAGACAUUCCCCGCCGGCCUGCAGGACACCCAGUGGGGCACCCCCACGUCGCUGGACGGCCUUCUGGGGACAGCCUUUGUUUGCCACGAGGCCCUGCAGCCCCCCCAGCUGCUUGCACUGCACAGUGCAGGCCCCAACGGCAUCCCCCUCUUCAGGCCCGAUGGGGAGCUCUCAGACAUUACCGGCAAACUGCUGUUGUACUACACUCCACAAGCCUUUAAGAACCAGAUCUGCUUGGACCUGUCGCCGAACCACCAAUAUGACGGCAGACUGACCGGGCAUAGGGUGGUGAACUGGGACAUCAAGGAUGCGGUGAACUCUGUGGGCGGGAUGGGGGCUCUGCUCCCACUCCUGGAGCAGGUGAGCAUGCCAGAACAGAUGAAGGAUGCCGACGCUGAGCAGACGUCCGACCUGGUGGGGCCCGAGCUGACGUCAUCCCGGGGCCCCGCCGGCAUACAGCUGCCCCUGACCAAGGCCUCCGAGGUGCGUCUAGAGAAGAACGGCGUGGCCGCCUUCCUGCUGAUGGUGAAGAAGAUGCUGAGGAAGCACCCGGUGAACCAGGAGAGCCUGCUGCAGUGCCAGGGGCCGGCCAUCAUCGGAGUCAUGCUGCAGAAGGUGCCCAGCUCCAUGAUGGACAUGAGCGUCCUCCUAGCCUGCCAGGCCCUGCUGCAGCAGGUUUCCGAAGAGGGUAACACCUCACUGCUCUCCCAGCUCUACAAGCACCUGCUCUUCGACUUCCGCAUUUGGAGUAACGGCCAUUUCGCCGUUCGUCUGGGUCACCUGCAGAACCUGUCGCCAGUGUUAUCUGAGAGCAAGCAGCGCAUCCGGCGGAAGUAUGGAGUGCAGUUCCUCUUGGACUCCAUCAGAACUCACUACAGCCUGGAGAGAGACAGCAGUCCCCUUUCGGACCAGAUGCAGAUGGUGCAGACUACCGUCUUCCAGGUGGUGCAGGACCUGCUGAAGUCCCCGCUCCUGGAAGAGAUGUACAGCCUGCUAGCCUUCUCCAUCACCACAGGGGAGGAGUUCCAGGUUGUCCGGGCUCUGAACAUCCUGCUGCACCUCCUCCAGAACAGCCCGUCCCGGGACUCGGUUCUGGCCCUGCUGCUGGACUGGGGUGUGGAGCAGCUCUACUGCCUUCUCUUCAAGCCCGGCCUCAGGGACGAGGCCCGGGAGACGGUGUUCCAGGUGCUGAGUCGAGUCCUGAAGAGCGAGCGCGCCUCUGAGCGCAGCAAGCAGCGUGUUAAGCUGAAGGAGUCCGGUUACCUCGGCCUGGUCUGCCUUCUGGAGGAUGUCCCAGUUUCCAUGGCGACCAUCCGCUUCCUGUCUGAACAGGUGUUUUCUACAGACUCCCCGAACUUCCGGGACGUGCUAGCUGUAGUCUACCUGUCCCAACGUGCAGAACUCGCAGUGCGGCUGGAGGUCUCCCGUAAGCUCUUCCACCUGAUCUACUGCAACGAGGACCACGUGCGUCAACUGGCCCGGCAGCCGGGCUGGCAGGACGUGCUCACCAAGCUCUAUGUCACGGAGUCCUACAAAUUCCAGCCUGCUGGACAUUCCGGUUCUGGCGCCGGCUGCCCACUGGACCCCUCACAGGGACUGCUGAAGAGGGACGACAGCAUGCCGGAGGAGGCGCGGCCCGAAGUCUUAUUCUCCUACGGCUCCCGCGAUGAUGACGAUGAGGUGUCCCUAUCAUCACCCAGUGGCCGCCAGCUCAAGGGCUUCAGCUUCAAGUCGUUCGACUCUAUGGAGCCGAGUAGUCGAUCGUCCUCCCUGUCCAACAUUGUGGAUGUCCCCGCGGGCCGACGUUCUGAGGAGGAGGUUCCCUACAACUCGCUGUCUCCCUUUGGCUCGUCCCCGCCGGACCUGGAGCUGAAUGGGACGGCUGGAGUUGCCGGCGGCCAUCGGGCCUGUGGGGGCACGCCCGAGACCCCGUCGCCCCUGGAGCACGGCCGCCCCUUCCCAAGCUUCACGGCCCGGAAGAGCUCCAGCAUGUCCAACGUGCUGGACGAUACCAGCUACAGCACUGAACCUGCGCAUGGCGAUGACAUCUCCAACACAUCCAACCCGCAGCAGGCCCCGGAGGAGGAGCUAUGCAACGUCCUCACCAACAUCGUGUUCUCCGUCAUGUGGAGUGGUGCCGAGGGCGGGGAGGAUGCCGUGUGGCGCGAGCGAGGGCAGGUCUUCUCCGUGCUCACCAAGCUGGGCUCCGCCUGCCAGUUGGUGCGGCCCCCUGAUGAUAUCAAGCACAGCCUGCUGGAGAUGAUGCUGGAUUCCUCCCUGUCAGACCUGAGAGAGUCCCAGGGCGCCCCCCAGCAGCACUGUCCCAGCCUGGUGCGUCUCCUGCGGCUGCUGCAGGACUUCCUGUUUGCUGAGGGCACCAACAACCAGGCCCUGUGGAGCGAGAAGAUUUUUGAGGGCGUGGUGACCCUACUGGACAGACUGCAUGCAUGGCACAGCAGCACCAGCGCCCCCCACGGACCAGAGCUGCGGGAGAUGGCCCAGGUCGGCCUCCGCAUCAUCACAGGCUACAUACAGCAGGACCACGCCCAGGUGUGUGUCAUGGCCUGCGUGAAGCUGCACAGCCUCCUGCAGACAGUGCUGGUCCUGAGCUGGGACGAGGUGUGCUUCCUGCUCGGACGGCUGGCCCCCCACCUCUGGCAGGGCCCCCCCCCGCCCGAGGCCUUCCAGCAGCUGGUGCUCAUCGUGCGAACGCUGCUGGACCAGCACGCAGACCCGAAGGUUCUCCACGGCCUCCUGCCCCACCUGCCCCCCACCAACGGCACCCUCACUGUCGCCCCGGACCUGCAGGCCUACUGCAUGAGCCAGGAGUGGCAGGACUUCUACAGGCAGCAUAUCGAGCCCACCAUGAUGCAAUAUGAGCUGGAUACUUUUGGCAAGAGCCACGACCUCAUGUCCAACUUCUGGAACUCAUGUUUCGAUGCCCUGAUGAGCACGGCCCAGAAGCCGGAUAGGGACCGCACCGACUGCAGGACCAAGUUCCAGGAGGUGGUGGUGAAUCCCUACCUGAAGCGCGUGCGGAUCGAGAACAGCCGCUACCACGGGGCGAUGAAGCAGCUCGCCAACCAUCAGGGGUUGGUGUGGCGCCACUGGGUGGCACUUCGGCGGCUGCUGACUAGCGAGAGAGGCGCCUGGGCGCUCAGGGACCCAACCGAGGUGAAGUGGAAGCUGUCCAGCGCAGAGACGUACUCCAAGAUGCGGCUGAAACUCGUCCCCAAUUACAAUUUCGAUCCUCACACUGAGGCCAGCGCCCAUCGGGACAACAUGGGUACCGAAAACCCCCGCAGCCUCACAGAGUCCCUCCCCCUGGCCGUUGCUAAGGAGGCUAAGGUCAGCGACAUGGAAGAUGACCAGCUCGGUGACGAGGACCUCAACUACCUGGACAACCAUGUGGAGGCAGAGGACGAGAGCCAGAAGGAAAAGCUGAUCCUGUCGGAGGAGUGCGAGAUGAUCACUAUCAUCGCGGUGGUGCCCGGGCGCCUGGAGGUCACUACACACCACCUCUACUUCUACGACGGCAGCUGCGAGAAGGAGGAGACUGAAGAGGGCAUCGGUUUCGAGUUCAAGCGGCCGCUCUCUCACCUCCGGGAGGUCCACCUGCGGCGCUACAACCUGCGGCGCUCCGCCCUGGAGCUGUUCUUCAUCGAUCAGGCCCAUUACUUCAUCAACUUCAGGAAGAAGGUCCGUAACAAAGUCUACUCCCGCAUCCUCGGCCUGCGCCCCCCAAACCUCUUCUAUUUUGGCUCCCGCUCCCCCCAGGAGCUGCUGAAGGCCUCUGGACUCACACAGAAAUGGGUGUACAGGGAGAUCUCCAACUUUGAGUACCUCAUGCAGCUGAACACCAUCGCUGGCCGCACCUACAACGACCUCUCGCAGUACCCCGUGUUCCCCUGGGUGCUGUGCGAUUACACCUCUCCCACCCUGGACCUGGAGGACCCAUCGGUGUUCAGGGACUUAUCCAAACCCAUCGGCGUGGUGAACCCCCGGCACGCCCAGGCCGUCAGGGAGAAGUAUGAGAGCUUUGAGGACCCAUCCGGCACCAUUGAGAAGUUUCACUAUGGCACGCACUACUCCAACGCAGCAGGAGUCAUGCACUACAUGAUUCGCAUGGAGCCCUUCACGAUGCUGCACAUCCAGCUGCAGGACGGCAGGUUCGACUGUGCUGACAGGCAAUUCCAUUCGGUGGCCGCAACCUGGCAGGCUCGCAUGGAAAGCCCUGCUGAUGUCAAGGAGCUCAUCCCGGAGUUCUUCUACUUCCCAGAAUUCCUUCAAAACAUUAAUGAGUUUGACCUGGGAAUGCUUCAGAUGUCCCAAGAUUCAGUGUCCAACGUUGUCUUACCCCGGUGGGCGGAAUCCCGGGACGACUUUAUCCGGAAGCACCGGAAAGCCCUGGAAAGUGAGCAUGUCUCUGCACAUCUGCACGAGUGGAUCGACUUGAUAUUCGGUUACAAGCAACGGGGGUCGGAUGCCGUAGAAGCCCUCAACGUCUUUUACUACUGCACCUACGAAGGUGCUGUGGACCUGGACGCCAUUCGUAAUGAGACUGAGCGCAAGGCUUACGAGGGCAUCAUCAGCAACUUCGGGCAGACGCCCUGCCAGCUGCUUAAGGAGCCCCACCCUCCCCGCAUGUCCGCGGAAAGCGCCUCACGACGUCAGUCCCGCAUCGACACCUUGCCUCCCAACCUCUUCGAUCACCUCAGCAAGCUGAAGGCCUUUGUGGAGGUGGUGAGUGACGGCGUGCCACUGGUGCAGGCUGUGGUGCCCCGGACUCAAACCCGCUACAUCACGCAGGGUACUGAUGUGCUGGUUACAGUCAGUGCCAGUGGGCUCCUGGGAACUCACAGCUGGCUGCCGUAUGACAAGACCAUCGCCAACUAUUUCACGUUCACGAAAGACCCCACCAUGUCCAACCCUAAGACGCAGCGCAUGCUGGGCGGGCCCUUCUCCCCCGGGGUGGACCUGGGUGCACGGGUCCUGGUGGUGUCCAAUGAUGGACGGCUGCUGUUCAGCGGGGGACACUGGGACUGCAGCCUGCGGGUGACGGCACUGGCCAAGGGCAAGCUAGUGGGCAGGAUCUGCCGGCACAUCGACGUGGUCUCGUGUCUGGCUCUGGACCUCUGUGGCAUCUACCUCAUCUCCGGCUCACGGGACACCACCUGCAUGGUGUGGGAGGUCCAGCAGCAGGGAGGCUUCUCCAGUGGACUCUCCCCACGGCCGGUGCAGGUCCUCUGUGGGCAUGACCAGGAGGUGACCUGCGUGGCCAUCAGCACAGAGCUGGACAUGGCCGUGUCGGGGUCCAAGGAUGGCACUUUAAUCAUACACAGCGUUCGGCGGGGCCAGUUCCUGCGCACGCUGCACCCCCCCUGCGAGGGCUGUUUGCCGUCCCGGGUGACGGAGGUGCAGGUGGGCAUGGAGGGUCACAUCGUGGCCCAGACCCUCGUGGCCGGUCACUCCCCUGGCCAGGAGAAGCACUUCCUGCAUGUGUACUCGGUGAACGGGCGGCAGCUGGCCUCGGUGCCGCUGGAGGAGCAGGUUACGGCCCUCUGCCUGGUGCCCGACUUCGCCGUCCUGGGCGGUGCCCAGGGGAACCUCUACAUCAGGGACCUGUAUAGCUUGAAGCUGGCAGUGCCCGCUCUGGUCCUCAAGCUGCCCAUCCUCAGCGUGUCCGUCACUAAGGAAUCCAGUCACAUCCUUGUGGGCCUGGAAGACGGCAAACUCAUCGUGGUCGGAGCCGGGCAACCGGGAGAGGUGCGGUCCGGACAGUUCUCCCGCCGGCUCUGGGGCUCCACUCGUAGGAUAUCGCAGGUGUCUUCUGGCGAGACGGAGUACAACCCCAGCGACAACAUCGGCAAGUGAAGCAUGGAGACCCAGUCCUUGGGGGAGGGGGGGGACAGGGUUGUCGGAGGAAGGGGGCCAGGCCUGCAGUGGGUCUACAACCAACCGGACCCAGAACUCCUCCCAGCCGGACUCGGCCUGGAAGUAGUCAUACAUUUGUGGACUCAGUCACCCAGUGCCUUGUGCAGAAAACCAGCGAGGGCCUUUCUGCACCUCCUAUCCAUGGAGAUAGGGGGUGCUGGAGAGGCAGGACAGAUGCAAUGGGAGCCUGUUUCAAUGCUGCAGUCAUUCGUUGUUUCUUUUUUAAACAGACUAUUUUACAUGUUGGGUUUUAUAAUGUUUUUAAAACAUUCCAAAGACUUUUUCUGUGAUUUAACACCAAGAACAAUUUAUUAUUAUUAUUAUUAUUAUGAUGAUUAUAAUAUAAGUAGGUGGGGGUGUUAGAUGGGGGUCUCUAGGAGUUUGGGUGGUGUUAAGUUUUGGUUUUGCACACUAUGAGGGGUUGUUAGCGUUUAUGAAGACUCAAGCUCGGCCGAGGAGGUCCCAGCACAGAGGGGGGGCAGUUUCGGUACUCCCCCCCCACCCCAGCAUGCAGAGGCUGCCUCCCAGUGGUGGCUUCCUGCACUACGGUACAUGUGGGUGGGACUCUCUCCUGGAUAUGGUGUGAUGGCAGCAAGGAGCAUCAAACCCAGCAAGUCUGCUGUCAAGGUCCUUAUGGGAUGAGACUCACACACGCACAUACGUGCACAUGCACACGCACACGCACAUACGUGCACAUGCACACGCACACACGCACAUGUGCACAUGCACACGCACGCACACGCACACGUGCACACACACACACACACUCUUUUCUGUAUGUCCAGCUUUAAUAAGGCUUCUUCCUGUUCCUCACUGGUCACGGACGCUUGCCCAUGGCACCUUGCACUAACUCGUGCAUGUGGCGUAAAUGCACGUUUCCUUUAAAGUGCCUUUUGACGGGAACUCGGAGAUCAACCGAGACAACCAGCUUUCACUGCCACACACGCAUCCUAAAGGAUAAUAAAAGGUUUCGAAUAAUGGUUUAGGUGCUGAAACUUUGUUUCGGCACUUUGUUUUAAUUUGUGUUUCACUGUGGCUGUGAUUUUGUUUGCGUGUGUGCGUGUGUGUGUGCGUGUGUGUGUACAGGAAAUAUUAAGGAUGUUAAAACAUACAUGGGUGUUUUGUCUGGGCAAGGGGGUGUGAGAGUUGCCCCCCACUCCAGGCAUCGCUGUGCACAGGCCUCCCCAGGGAUCGGGGACUACACGGUCCCUGUGAAAGUGACCCGAAACCCCCCCCCCCCCAUUUCAAGCCAAAACACUUUUGUCUGAGAUUUGUGUUUGUGCCUUUCUGUUGGAACCUGGGUGUGUCUAUUACAUUUGCCCCAUUAAAGAAGUGACCUUUUA